AACUGGCUAUCUGCUCAACAGGUUCAGACAAGGAUCUGGGUGCCAUUUCCUGACAAAUGGAGAACUAUUUCCAAGCAGAGGCCUAUAACCUUGAUAAGGUUUUAGAUGAAUUUGAACAAAAUGAAGAUGAGGUUGUUUCGCCUACAUUGUUGGAAGCAAAGUGGAAUCAGAUAUUGGAUCCCCCUUCUCAUCGGUUGUCUUUUAACCCAACUCUGGCCAAUGUGAAUGAAUCAAUUCCUGAUGAAUGUCCACAGAAAUUAAAAUCCUUGUCCCUGUCUCAUUUGGCCGCUACAUCAAUAGGGGAAGGGGAUUUUUGUUCUAAUGGAAAUAAUUUUAAUAUAAGCUCAGAGAACCCAAAUGUGUGGAUUGAUGAUCAGGUGACAGCAGAUGAUCAGCUUGUUAGGAGAAAUAGUAAUCAGAAUGCUCAGUGUAAUUCUGUGAAUGAAGACGAAAAGGAAUGUGUUGAAACAGCUGGUUUACUAGAGGAGAAAAAUGUUCUAGUUGUAGCAGUCAUGCAUAACUGUGACAAAAAGACACUGCAAAGUGGUGAUUUAUUGGACUGUAAAAAUUACAGCAAUUCCUCCCUAAUGGAUACUGUUAGCUUUACACUGGACAAUGAAGCCCAACAAACUGAUCAUCUUAAUGUUACUGUAAAUGGAAUAACUGAGAAAGAUACAGAUACUGAAAAGGAAACAGUUCAAGAAAACAAGCUGUAUACAGAAGAUCUGGUUAAUCAUUAUAGUGUCGUUACUGCUGUUUCUGAUUGCCUAUCCAGUGGAGAUUCUUUUACUCAUUUAAAGGAGGAUGAGAAUACAAAUGAAGACCUUCAGAUCUUAGAGUCUGCAGCAGCAAAUGUAAUUACCUUACACAGGCCACAUGGCAGUAUCAGUAAAAUGGAAGUAGGUUGUGCAUCAGGUGAAGGUUUUGAUAUCUCUGCUGUUGCCCAGAGAACUGAGCUAGAAACAAGAAACAGUUCACCUGGUUCACACAGUGGGGAUUUCUUCAGAGAGAUUUCUAUAGUAGAUCAAAUGACCCAAAAGUUUCAAUCAGGGGUAUCUGAGAUCUCUGAAGCUUAUCGGUGUGAUGCAUUUAAAAGUGACAAUCACUGUGAGCGUUUUGACAGACAUUCCACAACUCGGGAAGGAAAUGCAUUUGAAAAAAAUGCUGACAAAUGUGAAAAAAUUCUCGGCACAACUGAAUUGCUCAGUGUGACAGAGUGUUUAUCUGAAUCUCAGGAGAUGACUAAUGGGGAACUGACUAAACAAAACGAGAUAAGUAAUAAACAAACAUGCAGGGAGAAUGAAGUACUAUUACAUAUAGCAAAGCAUGAGGAGCUAUAUAGUAGUAAUGCUGAUAACUGUGAAGGCAUGGCAGAAGAAGAUACUGAUGUAAAAGGAAUGUGUAUAGAUGAGGUUGAAGACUCCAGUCCUACUGGUGUCAUAGGCACGUCAGCAUCAAGUAAUCUGCCCAAUGGUUGUGAUUCCUGUGGAAUACAAAAUCCAGUCCUUGCUCAUAUUCCAAAGACUUUACCUUCUAAGGAAGACUCUGUGACUGAGGAAAAGGAGAUAGAGGAGAGCAAGUCAGAAUGCUACAGCAGUGCUUACGAACAAAGAGGCAAUGAGACCAUGGACAGGAGUGGUCUCAUUUUGAACUGCACUGGAGACCAAAUGAAAAAGAAAUAUUUACACAAUUUCUGCAGCCCAACACGGUCAGAACCAAGCGAAACAUCACCCAAACCGGCAGGUAGCCUGCAACCUCUCAGUGUUCCUUUUGGUGGUGCCCGACCCAAACAGCCUACCAAUCUUAAACUGCAAAUCCCAAAGCCAUUAUUGGACCAUUUACAAAACGAUCUGGUUCCCCCAAAUUGUGGAGGUAACAGUAAAAACAAAAAUGAUGUAUCUGGAAAAGGAAAACUAGGUGAAAACUUAACACCAAAUAUAUUUUCUGAUGAAACAUCACUGAGUGCUUCCGUCAUGGAUACUGGUGGGGAGCCUUCGGUUGAGUACGAGUCUGGGGUUUCUAGUAAUUCGUGCCUUGCAGCAGCCUCGGAUAGUCCAGACAAUGAUCUUGGAGCCGGCCAAUUUGGCAUUCCUGCGAGAAAGCCAUUUACUACUUUGGGCGAAGUGGCUCCAGUUUGGGUCCCAGACUCUCAAGCGCCAAACUGCAUGAAAUGUGAGGCGAGGUUUACAUUUACAAAAAGGCGGCACCACUGCAGAGCCUGUGGAAAGGUCUUCUGUGCAGCCUGCUGCAGUCUGAAAUGCAAACUGCUGUAUAUGGACAGAAAGGAAGCCAGAGUGUGUGUAAUUUGCCAUUCAGUACUAAUGAAUGCCCAAGCCUGGGAGAACAUGAUGAGUGCCUCAAGCCAGAGCCCUAAUCCUAAUAAUCCUGCUGAGUACUGUUCUACCAUUCCUCCCUUGCAGCAAGCCCAGGCUUCUGGAGCCCUGAACUCUCCUCCACCAACCGUUAUGGUACCUGUGGGAGUCCUAAAACAUCCAGGUGCAGAAGUGGCUCAGCCCAGAGAACAAAGACGUGUUUGGUUUGCGGAUGGCAUAUUACCCAAUGGAGAAGUUGCUGAUGCAGCCAAGUUGACAGUGGCUGGAACAACCUCCACAGGAGCACUAGCAGUGUCACAUGAUCCAAGCAAGCCUAUAAAUAACACUUCACCUGUAGAGACUGAAAACACACUGACAUGUUCGAGAAGUGUAACUCAGGUUGGAAGUCCAGUUGGCAGUGCAAUGAACCUUAUUCCAGAAGAUGGUCUUCCUCCAAUUCUCAUCUCUACUGGGGUAAAAGGAGAUUAUGCCGUGGAAGAAAAACCAUCUCACAUCUCAGUGAUGCAGCAACUAGAAGAUGGUGGCCCGGACCCUCUAGUGUUCGUUUUAAAUGCAAAUUUGCUGUCCAUGGUUAAAAUUGUGAAUUAUGUGAACCGGAAGUGCUGGUGCUUUACUACAAAGGGAAUGCAUGCUGUAGGCCAGUCAGAAAUAGUCAUUCUUCUCCAAUGUUUACCUGAUGAGAAGUGUUUGCCCAAGGAUAUCUUCAGCCACUUUGUGCAGCUCUAUCGAGAUGCCCUGGCAGGUAACGUUGUGGGAAAUUUAGGACACUCAUUUUUCAGCCAGAGUUUCCUAAACAGUAAGGAACAUGGUGGCUUCUUGUAUGUUACACCUGCAUACCAGUCACUGCAGGACUUGGUGCUCCCCACUCCACCCUACUUAUUUGGGAUUCUUAUCCAGAAAUGGGAGACUCCAUGGGCCAAAGUCUUUCCCAUCCGAUUGAUGCUGAGACUUGGAGCUGAAUACAGGUUGUAUCCCUGCCCGCUUUUCAGUGUCAGGUUUCGGAAGCCAUUGUUUGGAGAGACAGGACACACAAUUAUGAACCUCCUUGCAGAUUUCAGAAAUUACCAGUAUACAUUGCCGGUUGUCCAAGGUUUAGUGGUUGAUAUGGAAGUGAGGAAAACUAGCAUAAAAAUUCCCAGCAACAGAUACAAUGAGAUGAUGAAAGCCAUGAAUAAGUCUAAUGAACACGUUCUAGCGGGUGGAGCAUGCUUUAACGAGAGGGCAGACUCUCACCUGGUGUGUGUACAGAAUGAUGAUGGGAACUACCAGACACAGGCCAUCAGUAUUCACAAUCAGCCGCGGAAGGUGACUGGAGCCAGCUUUUUUGUGUUCAGUGGAGCUUUAAAAACUUCUUCAGGCUAUCUUGCAAAGUCCAGUAUUGUAGAAGAUGGUGUCAUGGUCCAGAUAACAGCUGAAAAUAUGGACUCCCUGAGGCAGGCUCUGAGGGAGAUGAAAGACUUCACUGUUCCUUGUGGUAAAAUGGAUGCCGAAGAGCCACAAGAGCAUGUACACGUUCAGUGGGUGGAUGAUGACAAAAACUUCAACAAGGGUGUUGUAAGCCCCAUUGAUGGGAAAUCCAUGGAGUCUAUCACAAGUGUGAAGAUAUUCCAUGGCUCAGAGUAUAAAGCAAAUGGGAAGGUCAUUAGAUGGACAGAGGUUUUCUUUUUGGAAAAUGAUGAGCAACAUAAUGGCUUAAGUGACCCAGCAGACCAUAGUAGGUUGACUGAGAAUGUGGCCAAGGCUUUCUGCUUGGCCCUGUGCCCUCACCUGAAGCUGUUGAAGGAAGAUGGGAUGACCAAAUUGGGCCUACGGGUUACACUUGAUGCUGAUCAAGUUGGCUACCAGGCAGGAAGUAAUGGCCAGCCGUUGCCCUCUCAAUAUAUGAAUGACCUGGACAGUGCCUUAGUUCCAGUGAUUCAUGGAGGGGCAUGCCAGCUGAGUGAAGGACCAGUCAUAAUGGAGCUCAUCUUCUAUAUUCUGGAAAACAUCUCAUAGGAGGACUUCAUUUUCUGUUCAGACCUGUUCCAGCAGCAGUUGUAUCUGAAUCAUUUUGCACUUUAAAACUGGAAAAUUAAGCUUUUUGUUAACACUAUUAUGAGGGGGCGGGAGUGGGUGAGAACAGUUGAUCCAUAAUUCUGAAUCGUCUAUGCAUUUGUCAAUGAACAGGAUCAGGGCAGCUUCUAUACUAUAAAAUGGCUAUGCUAUCUUUGCAGCUAAUAUACAUCUGUUACAGAUUAGAAACCAACAGUGGUCAUGUUUUAAGACAAUUGCAGUCAUGUGUUCAAUGCUCAAACGGGUGCAGAGAUCACUAGGGCAUAAAUAAAAAAAGGAAUUGUCAACAUUUGUAAUGUUUGUAGAUGAACAUAUGAAGAAACAAUCAAGACCUCCAUUCUGACCUCAUUAUACUGCCGUUUAAUUUCUCUAGACAUUUAAAUAGUAUCGUUUACAUUUAUUUUUGACCAGAUUAUUGGUCAAAAUACCUCUGAGACAUAGUGCGAUAUUCUAUAAAUACAGAACAAGCAGUAUGUCCGAGGUUACCCCCAAGUCUGUCCAAGGAAAACAGAAGUUCUCUCUCUCUGGAAGCAGUAUGUAAAUUUAAGCUUGCAUUUGUGUGUGUGUGUAUGUGUAUAAAUAGGAUAGUUUUACCUUAUUUUUCUUUAAACUGUCCCUCCAGAUUGACAACUCGGCAAAUAACUGCAUCAAAGUUUCCUUCUCUGUGAAUUGCAAAAGAAUCUGCCACAGGGAUGAGACUUGCUAGCCUUCAGGAGCAGUUAUGUGAUAUGCUUGUUCUUUCCAGUUGGUCUUGCUUUUUUUUUUUUUUAAAGGUAACAUUCUCCCUUGAGUGGUGUGCAUUGUACUUGUAUUAGCCCUAACAUUAAGCCUGCACUUACCUAACACUUGAUAGUAGCAGCACCAUGUAAAGCUAGCCUGUGAGAACUAGAAUAGUUUGGCUGCUAUUGCAUGUCUGGCUUGCACUCUGCCUCGCCUGAGAGGAGAGCAGCCUGAGCCCUCUUGCUGCAGCGUACAAAAACUGGUACU